AAGGAUGAAGUGCAAGCCGAACCAGACGCGCACCUACGACCCCGAGGGCUUCAAGCAGCGGGCGGCGUGCCUGUGCUUCCGCAGCGAGCGCGAGGACGAGGUGCUGCUGGUGAGCAGCAGCCGCUACCCGGACCGCUGGAUCGUGCCCGGCGGCGGCAUGGAGCCCGAGGAGGAGCCUGGCGGCGCGGCGGUGCGCGAGGUGUACGAGGAGGCGGGCGUCAAGGGGAAGCUGGGCCGGCUGCUGGGCGUCUUCGAGCAGAACCAGGACCGCAAACACCGCACCUACGUGUACGUCCUCACCGUCACCGAGCUGCUGGAAGACUGGGAGGACUCGCUGAGCAUCGGCCGGAAGCGCGAGUGGUUCAAGAUCGAGGAUGCCAUCAAGAUCCUGCAGUGCCACAAGCCCGUGCACGCCGAGUACCUGGAGAAGCUGAAGCUGGGCGGCUCCCCGACCAAUGGGAACUCGGUGGUCCCGCCGCUGCCUCCGCCCGAGAGCCAGCCCCAGUGAAUGGCAUUGAUGUUGUUCAGAUUUACUUUGAAAGAAGUAUAUGAUUCCAAUGGUGACUGGAAUUGUGCAGCACAGGUGAGCUCUUUGACAACACCAAGGACACAGCUCAUCCUAUGCUUUUGGACACUUCUUUCUGUUAUUACAAAGGCUACUUUCCAGGCUGUUGCACUACCACUGUAUCUGUACAAAAUUCUAUUUGGGCACUUGUGGCCUUUUUGUGCUCUUAUGAUUACGUGUCUUAUGAUUAUGUUAUUUCCCAAAACAUAUGACCUUGAAAGCAAGAAACCUGUUUCCUUAUUCUUUUUUUAUAUAUCUAGUAUAUAGGACUUCACUUGAUAUGCGGUAGACAUCACUGAUGAUUCAUUUAAAUAAUUUGUAUUUUGUAAUGAUAUUGAGUGGUAAAAGAUUCCCAUUCUAAUCUGUCUCGCAUAUAUGUGGCUUUUGUAUAUCAAGUGUCACACACUACUUCAGGGCAGCUGUGAAGUAUAGCAAAAAUUCUUUCUCAUAUGUGGCAUCCCAGCCAUUAUUUACCCUUUGAUGCAGUACCCUGUACCUUCUGUGAAAUACAUUUGCCAAACUUUUGAAAUUGCUUAAAUUUUAUCAUGCCUCUAGAAAUAAUUCCCACUUCAUAGAAAAUACAGGAGACAGAGAAACAUAUUCGUCUACAACACAGAGAUCAGCUCAUCAGAAUCCUCACUUCAAGAAACAACAUUGUACAAAAGAUGCAGUUUCUUCAGUAAAUAGAUUGCAAGGAUGAAAGAAAGAUGGAGAUUGAAAUAAUAGAUUGAAAGUGGCUUUAGAGAUAUUACACUGA